UCUACAUUAUCUCCUGUCCCAUCAUUUGGCCCUAAUAGCCUCUUAGUGAAUGAUCUCCAAGACCAAAAUUUGCUGAUGAGCUGCCUGCAAAGUUAAGAAUCUGUUUUUGUGUAUUAGUUUGCUUUUCUUAGCUCUUUCUAUGCAAUUACCACUGCAUGGACCAACCAAAUUAUAGCUUUGGCUACCAUAGCAUUUCAGCUAGAUGAAUGUUUCUCAGAUGGACAAACUUCUUGAAUAGCAAGUAAAGAUGUGGAAAAAUCCAUCAGAAUAUUUUGCCACAGCAACCGUGAAGUAUUUUGAGAGACACAAAGGAGAGGUAAAUUCCUGUGCCCUGUCGCCUGACUGCCACCUUCUACUCACAUGUUCUGAUGACAGCCGCAUCCACCUGUGGGAAGCAAAAAGCGGGACCCUCAAGCAAAAAGUGACUGGUCACACAGGACCAGUAAAAUCAUGCUGCUUCUCCCCUGAUGGCUUGCUGUUUGCUAGUUCUUCCCAUGACUGCACAGUACGGAUAUGGAAAGUGGACACUGUAGAAUGCCUUCAUGUGCUUAGAGACCAUUCGAAGAGCGUUGAGACUGUUUGCUUCAGCCCUGACUCCCGAUAUCUACUGUCUGGAGGGUGGGACUGCACUGCCAUUCUGUGGGAAGUACAGAAUGGUCAGAAACGAAAAGUUUACCAUGGCCAUCGUGAUGCCAUUCAGUGCGGUGCCUUCUCACUAAAUGGAUCAUAUAUAGCCACAGGAUCCUGGGAUUAUACUGUCCGAGUCUGGAUAGCACAAAAUAAAGGAACAGACAAGAUACUGGAAGGACAUAAGAGUAAUGUCAGCUGUGUUUGCUUCUCUAUAUCUGGCAUGCUGGCCUCUGGUUCCUGGGACAAAACAGUUUGUGUUUGGAACCCACGUAAUGGCUCCCUCAUCUUCUUACUGAAGGGACAUUCUGGAUGGGUGAGAAACAUAACGUUCUCCCGUGAUGGGAUUCUGCUGGCCUCCACUGGAAAUGAUAAGACGGCGAGACUCUGGGACUGUGAAAAUGGGAGAUGUGUCAAGGUACUGAAGGGGAUGAUGGAAGUGGUACAUGCAUGUGCAUUCUCACCAGAUGGAACCCUGUUUUUAACUGGAGCCAUGGGGCUUUCCCCAAGCUGCUGAGGGCACAAGAGGAGGAUCGUGAAGGAAUAACCUUUUUAAAGUUCUGACAAGUUUGGAUUGAGAUCUGGACUCGGCCAUUCUAGGACAUUAGGAUUGUUGUUUUUAAGCCAUUCUUAUGUAAUUCUGACUUUGCACUUGCUGGAAGACAAAUAUUCUUAGUACUCUGGUUUCUUACAGACUGCACCAGGAUUUCACUGUAUAUUGCUGCAUUCACUGAGUGCACAAUGUUGGGAAAAAAAGACCAAUAGCUGUUGGUGGCAGCUAGGAGAAAAGCACAGUUCGCCUCAGAAUGGAAAUAAACUCAUUGAUUGAAAAAAUUAAUUCGGAAGAGCAGUUAUUCCAGUCUGUCUCAACUUAUAAUUUCAGUAACCCUGUAUUUUUUAAUUAUGUAAAAAGGCCUCCAAAUUUUUCCUGAAACUAUUUUUUCUCUACCAGGACAGCUGCCUCACAAGCUUACAGCUCACUGUAAAAACAUAUAUAUAUAAUUUUUUUUU